AAGACAAUCCAAAUUUUUCAUGAUCAUAUGACACACAUGACAUAUCUGUCACCUAGUAAAAGCCACCACAAACUUCAUCAUCUUUAUCUUUUUGUGAAUUUUACACAUUCAAAUCAUAAAAAAUUACUAUAAAUCCUUCCACGAGUUGCAUGAGCAAUGAACAUAUAUAUUAAAAUAAAAAUCAACAAGUUCCACUAAUACAUGAUAUAUUCCUCCAUUUGAUUCUUAUCUCAGCAGAUUAAAUCCUCCAAAAUAUACAUUAGUUUAUAAUGUUAAUUAUACAUCUAUAACAACAUAACUAUGUAUCUUAGUCAAAUAAUUACUCCAAAUUAUGUAAUUUUCUGAUGCAGGUGGGACAAAGUCACAAACACAAACAUGAAGGUGAUAGAACAGAGUAAAGUUUCACCACCACCCAAUUCAGUUCCAUCACCAACCAUCCUCCCCUUAACUUUCUUCGACUUUCCAUGGUUUUACUGUCACCCAAUAAAUCGCAUAUUCUUCUACCAUUUCCCUCAUCCAACUCAUCACUUUCUUCAAACAACACUUCCUAUUCUCAAACACUCUCUUUCCUUAACCCUUCAACACUUCUUCCCCUUCUCCUCCAACCUCAUCAUCCCUCAAAAUUCCCAAGAUGCCCCUUAUAUACGUUACCUCGAUACUGACACUCUUUCUUUCACCGUAGCUGAAUCCUCAGGAGACUUUAACCUCCUUAUAUCUGAUUCACAAGAUGCUCAAAAUUGGCACCCUCUGGUUCCAAAUUUGCCUCCAUCCAGUACUGAACAGAACAAUACACGAGUCAUUCCGAUAAUGGCCAUACAAGUCACAGUUAUGCCGAACUCCGGCUUUUCUAUAUGUCUCACUUUCAACCAUGUUGCAGCAGACGGAAAAUCACUUCACCAUUUCAUGAAGUUUUGGGCCUCUGUUUCAAAAAACAGAGCAAACAACAAUGAUAUAUCUCUUGAACAGUCUCUGUCUUUGCAUCUCGAUCUGCCUUCACACGAAAGAGAUAGAGUUAAAGAUCCGAAGGGUCUUAAACAAAUAUACUUAGAAGAACUACAAGAUUUUGAUUCGAAAAACAUGGAAUUCACGGGUCUUGUUAGAGAUUCUUAUGUUAAUAAGAUAAGAACAACUUUAGUAUUGAGCUUUGAACAAGUUCAGAAAUUGAAGAAAUGGGUUGCUGAAAAAUGUAAAGAUAGUCAUGGAACACAACAUGUGUCAACUUUUGUUGUAACAAGUUCCUUGAUUUGGUUCUGCAUGAUAAAAUCAGAGCAAAAUGAAGGUGAUUAUGUUGAUGAUCUAUGCUACUUUGUGUUUCUUGCAGAUUGUCGUGAUAGCCCUGAAUUUUCAUUACCAAAAACUUAUUUUGGAAAUUGUAUUUCAUCUUUAAUUGUGGCUGUAAAGAGAGAUGAGUUAGUUGGAAAAAAUGGGAUUGUUGCGGCGGCAAAGGGUAUUGAAAAGAAGAUAAGAGAUUUUAAGAGUAAUGCUUUGUUAGGAGCUGAAUCAUUGAUGUCUGAUUAUAGGGAUUUAUCGAAGCCGGGUACGUCUCUUGUAAUAGUUGCUGGAUCACCUAAACUUGCUGUUUAUGAGACUGAUUUUGGUUGGGGGAAGCCUAAGAAAUCUGAUGCAGUUCAUCUUGAUUCGUCCGGUUCGAUAUCUCUUUCAGAUUGUAGAGAUGGUGGUAAUGGAAUUGAGAUUGGUUUGGCUCUUGAGAGGUCUAGAAUGACUGAUUUCAUCAGCAUCUUUCAAGAACAACUUGAUAAUAUUUGUAGCAUGUGAAUGUGCAAAUCACUUUGCUUUUACUCUUUCUGUUACUAAUAUUUGGUUCAAUAAGUUUCAGCAAACAUUCCUUUUAUAUAGAGUAAUGAUGUUUUCAUUUCAGUUUACAUACUAUAAGUAGAGUGAUUGUUAAAUGUAGCGUAGAAGGCAUGUUAUGGGACUUUCAAGGGUAUACUCUUUAGUCUUUUUAUCUUUUUUCAA